AGUCAUGCCAUAGUUGUAAAAAAAAGGGCCAAGCAAAGUGUUUUACUGCCAGUGGAAUUUUAGUUUUUAUUUACCUGGAUAUUCACGUAAACAGCUAAUUUGUGACAAAAAUAAUAAUAUUAGUGUAGGGGUUUGCGUUGAGAAAUAAUCAACUAACAAUGUAAUGUGUAAAAAUCCAGAAAAUUAACUCGGCUACGUACUUCUAAGUGAUAUGGAAUGGAAAGCAUUAGUCAUGAAAUACUUCAGUGUAAUUAUUGUUUUAUACUUUUCUUUAAGUAAAUGCCAAGCCUUAAUCACUGAUAAGUUAGAAUCGCACGCAUUACUAAAGGCUAAUUCCACAUCAGAGCAGAAAGUAUGGAACAUAAAAUUAGACAUUUACUUUUCGAAACCUCUUCCACCAGUGAACAGAAAACCCAUUGGUUCAGAUGUGCGGUUUAAAUGCGAGGCAAUUAUGAAUUUUACGAAAGUUGAAAAGCAUACAAAAAACAAGGAAGGCAUAGAGACCUUGUUGAAGGAAUCUCCCCCUGAUUAUAUCCAACAAACACUCAUGAAAAAUGUUAAAUUUUACUGGUUAAAAGAUAAUCAGGUGAUAGGAGACAACCACAAAGUAAAAGCAUCCACAAAGAUUGAUAUGGCUAAUGGCACAAUUGGUUCCAAUUUAAGGAUUAAAAACAUUGAUAGUUCUGAUGAAGGGAAUUAUACUUGUGUCAUAAAACAAAGCUAUGAGAAGUAUCAGAGCACUUUCCUGAAGGUAGUAAAAAGUUCUGAAGUUACAGAAAAAUCUGAAAUCCCGACAUACCCAUCUUUAUUUGCAAAUAAUGAACUAGAGGUUACUGUGAAGACAACACCUGAUUUGAUUUCUGAAGACAUGAAGUCUCAAAGUAAUGAUGGAAGUACAACCAAUAAUAAUUUUACAGAACCUCGAAAGCUAGAACCUAUUUGUCAGGAGUAUACCGGCAUUGUGUGUGCUACUCACCUCAAAGGUCAGUUUGUUUACAUACCUUAUGACACCACUCAGGCUGCCCUUGAAGACAAACUAUUGAAAGCAAUUCGAGUCACACAAUAUUCAAACGACAUUAGCUCACAAUGUGAAGGCUAUGCUCUGCCCAGUCUUUGCUACUCUACAUUCCCAAUAUGCAGAGAUCCUUUUGAGACUAACAAAAACUUUUUUGAGGAAGCUAAACUUCUCUUUGACUUUCUGUCUACAACAUCUGCACCAUCAAAUGAAGGUGAUAAUUUACCUGACAUAGUGUUUAGCCAUUUGCCCCAAGGCUACAUGCCACAUUUAAAUAAUAAGUUGAGUAAGAAUAUUACACUGGGAUUGUUGAAUUAUCGUAACAAUUCAACAGUGUUGAGAAGGGUCUGUAAACAAGAUUGUGAAAUUUUAGAAAAUGAGCUAUGCCAAACUGAGUAUGCUAUAGCCAAGAGACACCCACACAUAGGCCAACAGCUGACUCUUGAAGAAUGCCAAGACUUGCCUGAAGAAGACCCAGAAUGCCUUAAAAUUGGCAUCGGCCCUGUGAUGGUGUCUGAUGAUGAAUGUUAUUGGGAGAAUGGAAGUGGUUAUUUAGGCAGAGUUAAUGUAGCCAGCAGUGGCUUGGCUUGCAUUGAGUGGUCUAAACAGUUACAUGUGAGAGUGUCAGAUUACCCAGAGCUCUCAGGGCUCCACAGCUACUGCAGAAACCCUGGAGGAAUCAAGUCACAGCCCUGGUGUAUCAUUGAAAAAGAUGGAAAGACAGAAAAACAACUUUGUGAUAUCAACAAAUGUGCACAUAAAAUUUGGAUUUAUAUUGUUGUAAUUUUUCUACUUUUGACUGUUUCCAUUGUUGGCUUUAUUAUCUGUCUUUGCUAUAAACAUAAGAAUAAGGGCAGUGCAGCUACAAUUAGAGAUAUAAACUUGCCAAAUGCUGAUAAAAAUAUUUAUGGCAACUCUAGACUUAAUUCGCCUAUUGAAAUGAACGAAUUAUUAACUAACCAAAACUUAAACAAUCAGCCACAUUUAACUAGAAACACACGAGGAAAUGGUGUCCUGCGUAUUCCACAGUAUUCACUAUCUCAAAUUAAGUUCUUAGAAGAGCUUGGUGAAGGAGCAUUUGGGAAAGUUUACAAAGGUGCUCUUAAAAAGAACGGAGAUACUCAGUAUGUUGCAGUGAAAGCUUUGAAAGAAAAUGCAUCUGCUAAAACACAGGCUGAUUUUAGGAGGGAAAUAGAUUUGAUAUCUGAAUUAACUCAUGACAAUAUAGUUUGCAUUGUUGGAGUAGCUCUCCGUGAAGAGCCUCUGUGUAUGCUGUUUGAAUUCAUGGCAAGAGGUGACUUGCAUGAGUUCCUGAUGGGCCGGGCACCUCCCUCGGGUAAAGGCUUGCCUCCAAUGAGGUUGUUGAACAUAGCUAAUAACAUUGCAUCUGGCAUGCAGUACCUGGCUUCACAUCACUAUGUACACAGAGAUCUAGCUGCCAGAAACUGUUUGGUUUCUGAUGAUUUUGUAGUUAAAAUAUCAGAUUUCGGACUUUCAAGAGACAUCUACAGUUCAGAUUAUUAUCGCGUCCAAUCAAAAAGUUUGUUGCCUGUUCGUUGGAUGCCACCAGAAUCUAUAUUGUAUGGUAAAUUCACUACAGAGAGUGAUAUAUGGUCCUAUGGUGUUGUUUUGUGGGAAAUCUACAGCUAUGGACUACAGCCUUAUUAUGGGUACAGUAACCAGGAAGUGAUCGCGAUGGUGCGCGGCGGCGAGCUGCUGGCCGCGCCGGCCGCCUGCCCCGCGCCCAUGUAUGCGCUCAUGCGAGACUGCUGGAAGCACACGCCGCAACGGAGGCCUAACUUCGAGGAGAUCGUCCAUAGAAUCCAAGAGUGGAUCCAGAUGGGUGGAUGUCCCGACACGGUGGCUCCGGAGCCUGGCAGCAGCGCGUGCGCGCACCGCGCCUCGGGCUCCAGCCGCGACCUGCAGGAGAAGGUGCCGCUGCUGCCGCCGCACUGCUCCUCGUCCAACGGCUCGCUGGCCACGGGCAGCCUCAAGAAGUUCAGCGCCGCCGGCUCCAGCUCCAAGGUCACCGACGACGCUCGCUCCACCUCCAGCGAGGUCCCGCCACUCGCUCCCAAAACGAAGAAACACAGCUCAAGCUCGCUCAUUGACACCGACAAAAUCGGCACCAGGGACACCGUCGUCAGGAUACCCAACACACAGUUCGGCAAUGAGAUAUAGUCCGUCGACUUCAACGAAAUUGUGAGUGGUCGUCCCGUAUUUAUUUUAAAAACUAAACUUUGUUACAUGAUUGUGCAUGAUGUUUUAUAAUAAUAUUGUGUAUGUGUGGUGUACCUGCGAAUGCUAGUAUUACUUUUGUUUGUCUAUUUUGUAAAUAUAGUAUCGAUUAACAAUAUUAUAAUGAUCUACUCAAUUACCGGGCCAAUCGUAAAUGAGUAAAGAAUGGUCUAUCUAGCUUAAUUGACUUGACUUUACCUUUUAGUACAUAUUUCGUUUAGCCCAGGCUGGGCCAUUCUUUGUUGUUGAUCGAAAAAAGCGUUAGGUACUCAUUAAUUUUUCACUAUGUAAGUGUUGUCUGUUUCCUGUUUAAUUAUUAGUAUGAAUUUAAUUUAUCACAAAUAAACUGGCAACUUUGUAUCCUUAGGUAAUUAUUUGUUUACAUGUGGAAUGUAUUUGAGUGAGGCUGUUGAUCUCAAAACUUUAUUUAUUAUUAUGAUUUCGAACACAUUUAAUUUAUACGAAACUAAUUUUAUAUGAAUUAUGUUUAGUUACUAACUUUAGUGUAACUUUUUUGGAGAUAGGUAUUACCUAAAUUAUCAAAAACGAAAUGAGGUUAGUGUAAUUUUUGACAUAUGAAGUUUAUUAUAUUUAAUUAGGACAUAUUUAUAAGCUUUCGGUAAGUUAUGAAUAAAUGGCAAAUCACAUUUUGGAGCCCUAUAGACCACAAGUUGGACUUAAAAGUUGUCGUAAAAUUUUAGGGCUUUCUAAAACUAAACAAAGUUUCAUACUAGUAAAAUAAGUUGAAUUAUUUCUUCAUUACCCUUCAUUAUUUAUUAUUAAUAAAUUCUAGAUAAUUUGUGCUAAAUGAAAAAUAAUAAUGAUGAUCAAAUAAUUUGUAAAUUAGUCUAAACAUUUGUUUUAAUAGAAAGUUCUAUUGGCGACGACAUAAAAUGAGACUGACUUAAAUAACCUAGUAUGCAGUAUUUAAAAUUUUCAUUCAGGACCAGUACCUAAAAAUUCCGGACUAAUUCGCAAAAGGGCGUUUUGUGCUUCAUUUUUAUGACAUUCAAUUAACGGGACUAUUCCCACCCCUGCAACUCUUGUGUAACCAGGAUCUACAGCUUGACCGCCAAUAAAAACCCAACCAGUGAAAGUCAAGUAUGUCCCGGGUGAAAGUUAAAUUGUCAUUGACCCGUAACAAAAUUAAUCAAAAGAACAUGUCUCCCACACUAGCGUUUUUCGAACGUUGUCUUCUCGCCAGCGCCUGCACAGCGUUGACGCGGCCACGCCAACCGUUAGACCGUUUUCUGACUUGUCGGCGCGGCAGCGGCACGACAUCGCACGCUUGAGAUACCUACGCGGUACCGAAAGCUUACCGAGCGCCUAUAUUUCAAUGGAGCUGAACGCUCGCCCUCCAUUGAAAUAUAGGCGCUUGGUAAGUUUGGUGUACAGCGUAUACAUACAGAGCAUACCGAUGCCGCGCCACUACUGCACCGACAAGUCAGUAGGCAGGCAGGGUAAGGAGGCUGCGUUACGCGUCCGAAAAAAAAAACAUUUUAUUGAUGCGACGCGCCCUGCGCGGGCGCUGGCAAGACGCUAGCGUGGGCCCCAUAAGAUCAAGGGCUAUAAUCUUUGUCUUGAUAAAUUUGUCCAAUAAUUAUGAUGACUUCUCUCUUUUGUAUUCAUUCAUAACUUCCGAUACCUCCAUGAAUAACAAGUGGUCAUAUUGAGAUCGAAUUGGGAUACAUUAAUUUCAGGAAUCAGUCAUUGAGGUCCUAAAUGAAAAUUUAAUCGUAGUAUUUUAUUUAAUACUCUUAGUUGUUAUAAAUUGUGUUUUAAUGUCCAUAUAAUGUAGUAAGACGGUCGAGAUAAUGUUCGUUGUAUUUAUCGUAGUAACCAAAGCCUUGUAUUUGUGUGGAUCCGUUUCCAAUUUGUUACUGAAAAAUUGACGUACAAUGGUAGAGUUCAGUAAUCUAUAAUUGCAGCUUUUAAAUAAACAUAAAGCCUGAAUAACACAGAACUGGGAUAGACGAGUAGCUAAUAUUUAUAGAAGUUAUAUUAUUUUUAGCAAAACGGCAGUUAAGACAAAAUCACAUGGACCUUUUACAUUCCGUUGUUCGAAAGACUGUAACAUUCUUGCCUAUUAUUUUUAACCAAUUUAUAUUGUACCUUUAGUUGUAACUAUCUACUGUACUUAGUUAUAAAAUUGUACCACUAAUAAAAUCGUGAUUAUUUUUGUUUUAUACCUAAGAAAUAAGUAAAUAUUAAGAUACCUAUUGUAGCUAAUUUAUUGUAUACUUAUUUAGUAGCUACAUAUUUUUACUUCCUA